UCAGUGACAGUGCCUGCUAUAACACAGCGCCAGCCUGGUUCGGAGAGAGCAGGUAGAGAACGGGGACGUUACUCAGAACCGCUGCUCAGACCAGACAAACAAAGCGGAUAUUUGACCCAAGGAGCACCUGGGCUGCUGCUUAGACCGUGUGGCAUAUCUGGGGAAACCACCGGAGACGCCGUUCACGAGGUGGACACUCGGCUACCUGGUUGCUAGUGGUAACUCUCAGCCAUGCCGUUCCCCUUUGGCAAGUCCCACAAGUCGCCGGCAGACAUCGUCAAGAACCUGAAGGACAGCAUGACUGUGCUGGAGAAACAUGACAUAGCUGAUAAAAAGGCCGAGCGGGUGGCCCCGAAACAGUCAAAGGCAACAGAAGAAGUGACAAAAAGCCUAGUGGCCAUGAAGGAAAUCCUGUAUGGCACCAAUGAGAAAGAGCCCCAGACAGAAGCCGUGGCCCAGCUGGCCCAGGAGCUCUACAACAGCGGCUUGCUUGGUAUCUUGAUCGCUGACCUGCAGCUCAUUGACUUUGAGGGGAAGAAAGAUGUGGCCCAGAUCUUCAACAACAUCCUGAGGCGUCAGAUUGGCACCCGGACUCCCACAGUGGAGUACCUCUGCACCCAGCACAAUAUUCUCUUCAUGUUGUUAAAAGGGUACGAGUCUCCAGAGAUCGCGCUGAACUGUGGCAUCAUGCUGAGGGAGUGCAUCCGACAUGAGCCGCUGGCCAAAAUCACGCUGUUUUCUGAGCAGUUCUAUGACUUCUUCACCUACGUGGAGAUGUCAACGUUUGACAUCGCCUCCGACGCAUUCGCCACUUUCAAAGACCUUCUCACAAGACACAAGCUACUGAGUGCCGAGUUCCUGGAGCAGCAUUAUGACCGGUUCUUCAGCGAGUACGAGAAGCUGCUGCACUCAGAAAACUAUGUGACGAAAAGGCAGUCACUCAAGUUGCUGGGCGAGCUGCUCCUGGACCGGCACAAUUUCACCAUCAUGACGAAAUACAUAAGCAAGCCAGAGAAUCUCAAACUCAUGAUGAACCUCCUGCGAGACAAGAGCCGCAACAUCCAGUUUGAGGCGUUCCAUGUUUUUAAGGUGUUUGUUGCCAACCCCAACAAGACGCAGCCCAUCUUGGACAUCCUGUUGAAGAACCAGACCAAACUCAUUGAGUUCCUCAGCAAGUUCCAGAACGACAGGACAGAAGACGAACAGUUCAACGACGAAAAAACAUAUCUAAUCAAACAGAUCAGGGACCUGAAGAGGCCCACCCCUCAGGAGGCCUGAGGAAGUGGGCCAGAGGUGAACCCAGUCUGGACUACAUGCAGACCACGCCUGCUUAACAGACUCAUCAGCAGCUGCUGUUUCUUUUCCUGAGUGAAAAUAAAGGAAUCUAACCAGAAACUAAAAACAAGCAUACCCAUGUCCAGUCAUCCAGAAGUCGCCAGCUCCUCCGUCAACAAUCCCCUCCAGUUUUCUUUCCUUGAGACAAAGGAAUUCUAGAGAAUAAUAUGCUGCUGCUUUAUUGCACAUUGAAAUAUGUUCAGUGCUGUGACGUCACAGUCCCUCAAAUUUAGAGUCAGCGCCAUUGACCCGACAGAAGGCCACUUGAGUUUACACACGUUGAUGUAGUAGAGCGCGCACACACACACAGUCCGGUGGCCCUUUUCAGUGCUCGAAUACUCACACGUAUUUCUGCAUCUUCGCCUUCAUCCAGUGAAGCAAUAGCGGCUCGUCCCCGAUGCUUGGCGGGUGUGUCGCCGUUGCAUCCAAACUCCUGUGUGCAGUUCACUGACAGCUCCUGAAGCGCAGGCACACAUGGGGAUGCAAGGUAUGAAUUUGGUGAAUUGACAGGGUGAACGUUUACAUAUGCCUUUUUCUUUGCUUUUUAGAUUUUGUUGAGGGAUUGACAUACGUUUUAUAUCUACGACCUAAAUUUGCGUUUGGUCGGUGGUUUUCCGUUCCAACGGUGGCUUGGAUUCUGAUGAUACUGCUGGGAAAAAAAGUGGUGUGUCUUUGUUAAUGAGUUGAAGAGUCAGUUCAAGUUUACUGAACGUUGGCGGAUGUUAGCGUGGUGUACUGCGUUGGAAUGUCUUCAUUAGCUCUGGUUCUCUUGAUCCUCUUCCACACUUAGAGGUGUGAGAGAGUGGAGGCCCCAUAAGCAGCGUUAAAGCCUGUAUGUUUGUGCCCUUUGUGAUCAACGGUUCCUAAUGUGAGUUGAGUGGGAUAAUCCUCACAAACUUAGCCUUUUCUUGAAAUUUGCUUUGCCACUUGGCUGACCUCUGAGUGUUGUGAGGCCCCUGAAGUGGGUGUGCUUCAGCCCGGAAGUAGCAGCUUCUUUUUCUUUCUUGAGAUUGUACUUCCUGUCCAACAAGGAGCACCAGGUAUUGCGGGCUGCAGUAUGAACUGGGUGUGUGAGAUCGAUGCGUAUAUGACUUGCCAAUGACGCCUGGGUACACAUGACACACACACACAGGAUUCGAACAGGUGACUCAAAAAGCCACACGCUCCCUCAUGCACCUAAACAUGCAUGUCUCUAGGCUGGCUGUGCAUGAUGAAGUACCACACGUGUACUGGAAUUGCUCCUGUCCUCUCCCAGUAGCAUCAUUAACUCAAUGAAAAUGUCAAAUCUAACGCUACGAAACUGUGUUUCUGAUUUGCAGAUUUAAGCAUAAAAUGUGUUGGUGCUUUCAGAAGUGUCAAAAAGCCCGAGCCAAACAGUAAAAAUAAAAAGUACAUUUGGAAUACGACAAGGCUGUGUCUUUC